AUGAGUUAUGAAAACAUUUUAAACCCAAUUAUAUUGCGUGAAUUGGCACAGAACUGGAUUAAAGAGGACUUACCCGGGUUUGACUAUCAGGCACUGGUAGCCCACGAUCUGGUAGUCAAAGCUCGUAUACUAUGCAAAAGUCCCGGAGUAUUAGCGGGCAUUCCCUUCGUGAACGCCAUAUUCCGUGAGUUGGACUGCACUCCAGUCUGGCAGUGUCCAGAGGGCCAGUACCUCACACCAGCACCCAUUUAUGUGGUGGCCUUUGUGUCCGGUAAGGCCCGGGAUAUACUACUCGCCGAACGGGUCGCCCUAAACGUGUUGGCCCGGUGUUCAGGUGUGGCCACUCAGGCCCGGGCUGUCAAACAGUCGGUCGACUCCGUGGGCUGGAAGGGCACGAUCGCCGGCACUCGUAAGACUACCCCCGGCUUUCGGUUGGUCGAGAAGUACGGCCUACUGGUGGGAGGGGUGGCCACACAUCGGCACGACUUGUCCGCAAUGGUUAUGAUUAAAGACAAUCACGUCGUCAUCAGCGGUGGGGUGGGCCCUGCCAUCCGAGACGUUAGGCGUUCCCGGGAUUUCUCGGUGAAGGUGGAGGUUGAGUGCCGGGACGUGGAGGAGGCCCGGGAGGCGGCCCGACUGGGGGCCGAUAUACUCAUGUUAGACAACUUCGACCCCCAGGUGUUGGACGAGGCGGUCAGCGAGUUAAAGGCCAAUCACACGGGUAUUCUGAUUGAGGCCAGCGGUGGUAUUACCGCUAAUAAUGUGCAGGAGUUUGCCAGAGAGGGGGUCGACAUCAUAUCUUUGGGCGCUUUAGUCCAGGGCUAUCCGGCCGUCGACUACUCCAUGAAAGUUUUGCCGCAAAAAUAAUUUUAUAAAAUAUUUUCUGAUAUUAUGUGAAGUUAUAAUAAAUUUGUGUUUUAUAACAGUGUCUGAAGUUAUAUAACUUAAU